AUCUCACCAUCCUGGCUCCCCAACUUCAGUACCGGAAUAAAUCCAAUUCAAUGUCACUCACAUAACGACUAUGCCCAAAAGAUCCCGCUCUAUCAAAGCUUGGCAGUCGGCUGUGUGAGUACGGAGGUUGAUAUUUUCGUCCGUGGGAAGGAUUUAUUGGUUGGUCAUGAUGGGGGUCGACUCAAUUCUGCCUGGACAUUGAGAAGUCUGUAUCUUGAUCCUUUGAAGGCAAUUCUGGAAGGCCAGAAUGGAAAUUCUGAGAAUGUUGCGGCCGGGGUAGUGAAAGGGAUUUUUGACGAAACUCCUCAGACUUCGUUUAUUCUGCUCGUCGAUUUCAAAGAUAGUGCUGGGAAAACUUGGAAUUUAUUCUUGAGUCAAUUGGAUGACUUCAGGCAGAAGGACUGGUUGACGUAUUGGAAGCCUGAGACGGGCGUUGUUCAGCGACCUAUCACUGUCGUGGUUACUGGAGCAUCGUUACUGAACGAUGUGAUCGCCAACACAACUUAUCGUGAUGUCUUCUUUGACGCACCUCUAGGAGAUUUGGCAAACAGCAAUGGUAAAUAUGAUAACACAAACUCAUACUAUGCGAGUACUGCCAUGGGGAGAGCAGUUGGAGGAGUUGGACAGCAGUUUAGUGCAGGGCAGAACUCAGUGAUUGUGGCGCAAGUUCAGCAGGCAACUGCACUGGGGCUAAAAACUAGAUAUUGGGAUGCGCCUGGGUCCCCAGAGGUUUUGAGAAACAAGGUGUGGGAGAAUUUGGUGGGCUUGGGGGUGAGUGUGCUGAAUGUUGACGAUCUG